AUGGAGAGAAUGAGAGAGAAAGAGCGCCUCCUGCGCCCUCCUUGUCCUGCGCCCUCCGCCCCCUGCGCCCUCCGCCCCCUGCGCCCUCCGCCCCCUGCGCCCUCCGCCUCCUGCGCCCUCCUUGUCCUGCGCCCUCCGCCCCCUGCGCCCUCCGCCUCCUGCGCCCUCCGCCCCCUGCGCCCUCCGCCCCCUGCGCCCUCCGCCCCCUGCGCCCUCCUUGUCCUGCGCCCUCCGCCCCCUGCGCCCUUCGCCUCCUGCGCCCUCCGCCCCCUGCGCCCUCCGCCUCCUGCGCCCUCCGCCCCCUGCGCCCUCCUUGUCCUGCGCCCUCCGCCUCCUGCGCCCUCCUUGUCCUGCGCCCUCCGCCUCCUGCGCCCUCCGCCCCCUGCGCCUUCCGCCUCCUGCGCCCUCCUUGUCCUGCGCCCUCCGCCCCCUGCGCCCACCGCCUCCUGCGCCCUCCGCCUCCUGCGCCCUCCGCCCCCUGCGCCCUCCGCCUCCUGCGCCCUCCGCCCCCUGCGCCCUCCGCCCCCUGCGCCCUCCGCCCUCCGCCCCCUGCGCCCUCCGCCUCCUGCGCCCUCCGCCUCCUGCGCCCUCCGCCUCCUGCGCCCUCCGCCCCCUGCGCCUUCCGCCUCCUGCGCCCUCCGCCUCCUGCGCCCUCCGCCUCCUGCGCCCUCCUUGUCCUGCGCCCUCCGCCCCCUGCGCCCUCCGCCUCCUGCGCCCUCCUUCCGCCCUUUGAGCUCGCGUCGCGGCCUUCGGGUCUUCUUCAGUCGGGUCCGGGUAAGGGUCGAGGACGGACGUGCGCUCGUUACGCCCCCGCGCGAAAUGGGGCCGCCAGACGCUACGGCAUCAAAGCAGGCUGGGGAGAUGAGAAGGGCUGCUCAGAGGGCCUUCAGCAGAGGCAGCAGAGCCCGGCGGACAGACAAGGGAGACACGCGGACCGUCCUAAUUGGGGAGGUAAUAAGAGAGACUAUCGGGGAGCCCAUCGCGGGAGUGGCGCGCCGAGGACACCGCUCCGCACGCCUCUGGGACAUCCGGGCUUCUUUGGAGGCCGCCGAGAAACGCCCCGCGCAGUGCUCUGCAACGCCUUGCAACAGGGAUCUCUGUCUCUGA